CUUUUGCGCCGCUUGUAACAUUCGGUGACCAACAAUCUUCUAAGAAUCAAGCACGUUCUUUUCGUUCGCACAAAAGAGAACGACAAUAUAUCAACGCGCCGAUAUGGUUUCCAUUCGCCUUAUCUUGGCUCUCGCUGUUAUCAUGGUAGCUUUCGUCAUCAGCGCAAAUGCCGCCUACAAAAAACCACCCUUCAACGGUAGUAUAUUCGGCAAACGAUCUAACACUGUGACUGACUACGAAGUUACCAGCCGCGCUCUGUCGGCUAUUUGCGAGGUCGCCAGCGAAACCUGCACCGCUUGGCUGAAUCAUCAAGAAUCCAACUGAAGAUGAAAAACCGACCGAGAUAAACUACGAUUCUCGCCGACUGAUCGAUCCAUGAAACAAUGUAAUUAACUAAACUCCUGUAAAGUAAACUCGCAAUCAUGCGCUUGAAAAUUCGUCACACAUUGUUUUCUAUCAAUAAUCAUUAUAUUAUGUGUCAUAUCUAAUCGUAAUUUAUAUCUAAACAAUAUUGUAAUUAAAAUGAUUUAAGCUUUUGCAAGCUAGCCUUAUUUAUCAGAAAUAUCUCAAAUAAAGUAUUAUG